AAUGGUUGUGAUGAAAAUCAUCUCAUUAAAUAAUCAAACAAACCUUAGUUCGAAUUUUCUCCAUGGCUACCUUUGUCGUUUGCCUGAGUCCAAGCUCUUUGAUUGCUGCAACAAUGCUUCUUCUUGGUUUGCUUAUUGCUAAUCUUGAAUUAACAGGUGCCGGACCGGUAGGUGUAUGCUACGGAAUGAUGGGCAACAAUCUCCCUCCAGCAUCAGAGGUUGUAGCUCUCUACAAACAACACAGAAUCACACGAAUGAGAAUCUACGACCCAGAUCAAAGGGCCCUACAAGCAUUGAGAGGGUCCAACAUUGAGCUCAUGAUAGGGGUCCCAAACGGAGAUCUCCAAAGUCUGUCCAACCCUUCAAAUGCUAAUUCUUGGGUUCAAAGAAAUAUAAAGAGUUAUUGGCCGGACGUUAAGUUCCGUUACAUAGCCGUUGGAAAUGAAGUCAGCCCUAAUUCGGGGACUGCACAAUUUGUUCUUCCUGCCAUGAGGAAUGUCUACAAUGCCCUUGCUUCAGCUGGUCUUAGCCAAAUCAAGGUGUCAACUGCUAUCGACACCACACUAAUUGGAACAUCGUAUCCUCCAUCGCAAGGCAACUUCAGAGAUGAUUUCCGGUGGUAUCUGGACCCGAUUAUUUGGUUCCUGAUCGAUGCUAAGUCUCCGGUACUAGCCAACAUCUACCCAUAUUUUGCCUACAUUGGCAACCCCGGUUCCAUUUCGCUCGAAUAUGCCUUGUUCAAAUCCCCGUCGGUAGUGGUGCAGGACGGCAAUCGUGGAUACCAAAACCUAUUUGACGCCAUGCUCGAUGGCCUCAUCGCGGCCCUUGGGAGGGCAUGGGGAGGUGACCUAGAGGUUGUGAUUUCAGAGACAGGGUGGCCGUCGGCUGGUGGAGUUGCAACUACGGUGGAUAACGCGGCUACUUACGUUGAUAAAGUGAUUCGACAUGCGAAAAAGGGGACUCCAAUGAGGCCCAACAGAGCCAUAGAAACUUACAUAUUUGCCAUGUUUGAUGAGAAUAACAAAGAGCCUGCGUACGAAAAACAUUUCGGACAAUUUUACCCUAAUAAACAAGCGAAAUGGCCCCUCGACUUUAGUGGAGAAAGGAUUUGGGAUAUUUCUGCUGAAAACAAUACCUCGGUUUAUUUGAGCAGUGAUAUGUAAAUUUUUAAAGUGCACUUAGGUUAAUUUUCUCAUAUGCAAUGUUUUAAGUUUGUUGUUGAAUAAGAGAGUACUCAAAGUGUUUGUGUUGGUCCACAAGUAUGUACGAGGUACUAAUGUUGUGAAGGGAAAUGUAAUAAAAUAUUGACCUCUUGGCCAA